AUGGUUACUCUCACCGAAGUUGAGGACGAGCAUUUCCAGUCCUCCCAGGCUGGCCCUGAUGUCGAUGACGAUGACUUCACUGACACUGACUCUGAAAUCUCCAAUGACUCUGACUACGACCCCUCCAAUGAGACCCUAGCAGAACGCCUGUAUGCACUUCGAGAUAUUGUCCCCCCGACAACGAGAGGUUGGAUCUCCAGCCGUGUCAACUCCAUUUCCAGCAAGGCCUGGAGCGUAUUGUCAUUCAGUGGCAAGGGUGCUUGGGUCAUUACCACCUCUGCUCUAUUCUUUGGCGUACCUUUUGCUCUGUCCUUUGCCGAGGAUCAACAACUUACUGCCAUGGAGCAGGAGUACAACAUGCGACAGACUGGUAGCGAGCUGCUUACCGCCGGCUCCGAGCAGAACACUGCUGAUAAAGUUGGAGCCGCCCUGGGUGAUGGCCAGGCUAAGCCAUCGCUGUAA